GUUAAUCUCAUCUAAAUUGGUACAAAAGAAUCUAGGGCUUCUGAUCUGAUCUCCCCCAUUUUGGCGUUACACAACUACUUCUUGAUUGGUGUUCCAGUGGUAACGCGAUCGGCUCCGGCCAUAAUCUUUCCGGCAAUUAGCUUCACAGAAAGUUCGUGUGAAAAAAAAACUAUGUAUUCGUCGAGAGGGAGUAAUGCGUACGGACAACAACAACAGCAACAGUCAAACUCACUGUCAUACUCUGGUCAAAAUCUGGGAACUGAUGGUGCUUCUCACCUGUCUAUGGCUUCAAGGCACUCAGCCUUAUUGGGUAGCCAUUCAUCUGCUGGAGCUCAUUAUGGUGGUCAAUAUACUUCAGUGUACGGUUCAACUGCACACGACAGUGUUCUGCAGGCGGAUAUUUAUGAUCGUAUAGAUGCAGAAGCAGCACGGCGACAAGAGCUGCUACAAACUCGGCCACUUCAAUCUGCUUCUGUAGAUGGGGGCUCUAGACAAGCUGAUUAUCUAGUAGCAAGAACAGCAACUGUUCGUCAUGCGGGUCAAGAAAUUUUGCCAUAUGGUGGUAGAAUCGAUACUGAUCUUCAUACUUUAUCAAUGAUAAGUGGUAAACAACAUACUUCAUCGAUUCUGGGGGCUGCUUCAAGGAGACAAGUGGAAGAUUUAGUCUAUACUCGUAGUUGUGCUAAUCCUGGUUACGGAGUUAGCUUGCCACCUGGCAGUCUACAUGGCAUAUCCCUGGAAUCAGCUUAUCCAGGUGGCGUUUUGGCACGUGCGGGUUAUUCAAGGCUUGAUGAUCAUAAAGACGACGUGCAGUAUGCUCGGGAAAUUGAACUAAGAGAAGAAGAUCGUCGUAGGGAGAUUUUACAAGAACUUGAACGUGAACGGGAUCGUCAACGGGAGAAAGACCGGGAUCGGGAGCGAGAACGGGAACGAGAACGGGAGCGAGAACGGGAGCGAGAACGGGAGCGAGAACGGGAACGAGAACGGGAGCGAGAACGGGAACGAAAACGAGAACUUAGGAGGGAACGGGAAAGAAUCUUGGAGAGGCGGGAGAAGGAAAGAGAACGCGAACUUAGGCGGGACCGGACCCCACCAAGAAUUUCAAAGGACCGAGGUCGUUCCACAUCAGCAAAGCGCGGGAGGUCUUCAAGGUGGGAAUCACCUAGGCGUCAUUCACCUGUUAAAGAAAGACGAAGAGAAUACGACUGCAAGGUUUAUUCAUCCAAUUUGGUGGCCACAGAGAGGGAUUAUUUAUCCCUCGAUAAACGGUAUUCUAGGCUAUAUGUUUCUCCACAAUGUUCCAAGGUGAUUGUUAAUUGGUCAAAGGGGGACCUUAGUAUUCCUUUCAAUACCCCUAUCAGCUUUGAACACGAUUUUGUGCACGAGGAAACACCAAGUGAACAUGAAUCAGCAUCUAAAACAAUUAUUAAUGGCGAUGUAAAGUUGGAAAGUGGAACUACUCGGUGGAAUGCGAAGAUGUUAUUGAUGUGUGGGCUUAGUCGUAACUCUUGGGAAGAGUUGUCAUCUGAAAGAAAGUAUGAGGAUCGCAUCCCGCAUCUUUGCAAUAUGCUUAGGUUUGCUUUUCUUAAAGAUGGGAAUUCUUCAAUGGCAAUUGGUGGUUCAUGGGACACUGUUGAUGGCAGUGACCCUUCGGUAAAUAAAUCCACUUUAGUUCAAACCGUUUUAAGGCAUGCCAAGGAGCUCACAGGACUUGACUUAAAGAACUGCCGAAAUUGGAACCCAUUUCUUGAGAUUCACUAUGACAGAGUUGGGAAGGAUGGACUUUUUAGCCAUAAGGAAAUCACCGUACUUUAUAUUCCUGAUUUAUCAGACUGCCUACCUUCAAUAGAUGCAUGGAGAGAUCAGUGGUUGGCCCACAAGAAUGCCAUUUCAGAGCGAGAACGUCUGCAAGCUCUUAAAAACAAGAAACCACGUGAAAAGAAAGAAGCCUCAAAAGACAAGGAGCCUAAGACGAAAACAAAUUUAAAAAGUGUUGAUAAAGGGAAGAAAAAGAAAGAGGCUGGAUCAGCAUCAAAAGUAAAUGUAACUGAGAAAGCUGGAAAAGAGGGGAACAAAACCGUAACUGAGAAAAAAGAUGUGGAUAAAACUAUAACCAAGAAGAAAGACGAGGCCGAGACAGUUGAUGAAGGGGACAAUUCUGGAAAAAAGAAUCAGACAGACGAUGGUUCUGGUGUUCAGACACCUGGCAGUGGAAAGAAGAAGAAGAUUAUCAGAAAAGUUAUUAAAAAGAAGGUUGUUCUUAAAAAAAAAGAUGCAGCCAAAAAAGCAACCACACAAGAUGAUGCAAAUACAGAGGUGGAUAAAACCGUAACUGAGAAAAAAGACGUGGAUAAAACUACAACUGUGAAGAAAGACGGGAAGCUGAUUAAAAAGAAAGUUGUUAAAAAGUCUCCAGUUGUGAAAGCCGAUAAGAAAGAAGAUGAGGUUAAGGAACCUGGGUGUUCUGAUGACAAGACAAAAAAUGAAGAUGCGGUUGUUAAUGUUAAAGCUACUGCUAAAAAGAAAAUAGUUAAGAAGGUUACCAAGAAAAGUGUAGCCGCCAAGGUUGCCGGUAACAAGGAUAAGGUGGUCACGGGAAAUGAAGCGGGGUCAGCCGCAAGUGAAGUCAAAAUGGAGAACAAUGAGAAAGUUCAAGUGAAGGAAGAGAAGAAAGCUAAAGUGGAGGGUGCUUCUGACAAGAAUGAGAAAUCGAAGGGUGGUAAAGAGAAAAAAAACAAAGAUAUUGAAACUGAAACCAGAGGUAAAGACGUUAAAGAUAAGAAAAAGGUCGAGGAGCCACCUAGACAUCCAGGGCUGUUUCUCCGGACAAAAGGGAGCAAAAACUCAAAACUGCGUUCAUUGUCACUUUCACUGGACUCACUCUUGGAUUAUACCGACAAAGAUACUGAAGAAUCAACAUUUGAGCUAUCUUUGUUUGCUGAAACGUUUUAUGAAAUGCUUCAGUUUCAAAUGGGUUCUCGGAUAUUAACGUUUCUCCAGAAAUUAAGGAUCAAAUUUGUGGCAAAAACGAACGAAAAGAAAAGGCAGAGGGAAGAAGUUUCUGAUAAGAAGGAAAAGGAGAAAGCUAAAAAAUCAUCCUCUAAGCGCCAAAAAACCGAUGAUGUCACUGCCGAAAGCAAAACAGUUGAAACAGAAACAUUGCAAGAAGAUGAGAAAGAUAUGGAUAUUGAUAAUUUGGAGAACACAAAAAAAGAAGAAUCAGAAAAAGAUGAAGAUUCUGAAGAAGAGCCGGAAGAAGAUUCUGAAGAAGAACCAGAAGAAGAUCCGGAAGAGGAUCCUGAAGAAGAAUCGGAAGAAGAACCAGAAGAAGAUCCUGAAGAAGAUGAACACAUGGCGGAUGCAAGCCCUAAAGUGACUGUGAAUCCGGAGAAAAAAGAAAACUUGAAGGUGGACACGAAGAAGAAAGAAUCGCUACUUACUAUUGACAAGGAACUUCUGCAGGCUUUUAGGUUUUUCGACCGAAAUCGAGUGGGGUACAUCAGGGUUGAAGAUUUACGGUUGAUCCUACAUUCAUUGGGAAAGUGCAUGUCUCACAGGGAUGUCAAGGAACUUGUACACAGUGCACUGCUGGAGAGCAACACUGGGAGGGAUGAUUUAAUACUUUACAAAAAGCUAGUGGAAAUGACUGAUAUUUGAGGCUGGCAUUUUAGUAAUUCUGGCAUUCCUGAAUGACGUGUUUUAUUUGGUGUUUGUAUUUUGGUAUAUGUCUCGAGGAAAACAAAACGAAACAAGGGAUAAUUUGCCUUUUGCUCCUGUACUAUUUGGUAAGAUAAUUGUUUACCUCUUCUAUUUUGCUUUGUUUGACAAGUUCA